CACACUGCUCCAUUCAAUUUCCACCUUAUUUCAAACCCCAAAUCACCAGCUUCCAAAAUGAGUGACCACCUUCCUCGACCCUUCCGUUUCGAUGGCCUUGUCCAUACAUUCUCUGGCUACAUGUUCCAUGAGCCGUUUGUAGUUAACCAUCACCGAUAUCUGCAGCACUUCGAUAAGCGGAGGCUGCACCAUAUCACUCAGCCGGAUCCCUACGAGUUCAACCUGUAUAAGUAUGACAUUGUGUCGCUUAUUGAGGGACUCGGAUGGGAUUUCCUCCUCCGCCAACAAGUGCAUCCUGCCUGUCCUAGGGCAGUAAAGUAUUUCUAUUCCAAUCUCAAGAGCCAAGGGAUCAGUUCGAGAAGCCUUACAACUCGAGUGUAUGGUCAUCUGUUGACCAUACCAGUUGAUGCCAUGAAUGGCAUUCUCGGUUUUCCAUCACAAGGACUCGGGAUUGCUCAUCCUUCUGAGUUCUGGAAGCAUGAGUUCAAAGUGGAGGUGGAAUAUGGGAACUUCUCCACUGAACCAACUGGUGGAUCCGACGUUCCUAUUCCUGUAUCUUGGCUGCCUCCUAGACUGAGGAUCUUCCACCAUUUUCUCACUCAUGUCCUCUUUCCAAGAUCCUUUAAUCAGGACCGUGUCCUUCCUAUGGACUUAUGGAUCAUUGCAAGUGCAACUGCUCGCCGAAAGCUGGAUUAUUCAAGCAUAGUGUUUGGCCAACUUCUCCCUGUUGGGGAUGAAAACUACAGAGGAUUUGUGCCAUUUGGGUCACUGAUCACUCGUUUACUGAUCAACCUUGGGGUAGAUCUUUCAGAGUAUAGGAGCAUUUCCUCCACCAUGUACAUCAGUGCACUUAAUGUGCUGAUGGUAUUGGACCUUCCCACUGACAUCUCUCCUCCUCCUCGUCCUUCUACCUCUCUUCUUGGGCCUCCUCCUAAGCCCUCUGCUGUCAAGAAAUCCAAGUCAGUGGGUGAACCCAGCAAGACUGGGGAUCUAGUCUUCACCAUCUCUGAAGGGGAAUCUUCCUCCGAUGAAUCUGCUGCCACUGCUCCCGCCUCCUCUCCUGCUUCUUAACUUCUCUAGUUUGUUUCGCUUGUUAUCCUGUUGGUAGGAUAUGUUUCUUCAGUUAGUAAGCUCCUAGUUCUAGUUUCUUUUGGGGUAUUUUGCUCAGGGGGAAUCCUGCACAGGGCUCUGUCCUGAUAUUUUGUAAUGCUGCGUGCUUCUCUUAUCGCAGCCUGCUGUACUAUCUUUUGUUGGUGUUUGCUGGUGUUUGCUUGGUAUUGUCUGUUUUGCAGAAGACUUCUCGGAUGAAGGGGGAAAUUGUUGGCUUAAAAACGGCGACGCUUCUCUCAGUCAGAAGCUUCCACUACGACGACGUUUCUCCCCCAUCCUCCAUUCAUCUCUUCGACACCGUUUUAAAGAAACAUCAUCCUUCGAAGUCAAAACUGGACUCCUCGAUUGAUGAUCUCUCUGAUCAUCCCUCUCGUUCGUCUUCUUUCUAACGAACGCUCCAGCUUUUCUGCAUCCGCUCCUCCUAGCACCGUCUCUACAAGAAAGCAUGAUAAAGGCU